UGUGUUUAUGCCUGUGCUGUGGUCAUAUUCAACGGUACGACCCUCCCACUGUAACGGAGCGAGACAGGGCUGCACCGGCGGAGCUUCUGACGCGGGAUAGCCCAGGCAGGGUACCAUCGCCGACCAGCUUAAUUUUAAAGAGUCUUACAGAAUGUCGGAAUUAAUACAGACUCAGUUUGAGUCAAGUGAAGAUGAACUGCCCGAGGAGGUCGCAUUUGAUGAAUCCAAAAGUGCUGCGUUGAAAAGCUUAAAGGAUGCGCUGGAGUCAGAUAAAAGAGAAAAACUCUUAAUGAAGGAGAAAAGAAGGAAAAGACAGCAGCUUUUCCAAGAGCAAAAGAUAAAAAAGUGUCUUCCUGAAGAUGUUCUGGAAGAAUUUGAUACAUUACCUCAAAAACCGUCUAAAGCAUCUGACAACAACAAAGAUGAUGAAGAGACAGAUAAUGAGAGUGAGGACGAGGCCAUCUCCAAAAGUUUACAGGACAGCUACAGUGUGAUGAGGCUGAAGGAUAACUCAUCUGCCAGAUCACUGCAGCAACAUGCCUCGGAUUUCAUUCAAUCUCGCCUUUAUGGACCAGGAACCCAAAGAACAACUAAUUCUGAGCUUCUAUCCCUUAAUCGAAAAAGAGGUUUAAAUCAAGGUGCAGCUGUGGAGUUUGUAAAUAACAAAUUAGGGGCUGACCUUAAAGAAAAGGCAGAGAAGUCCAACAAAAGAUUUAGACACAAACAGAAACUGGUUCCUUCCUGAGAUUGUACACGGUUUACGAACUGCUUCUCGCAGAGAUCGUGUCCGAAGAACACUUCCAUCAAGUUUAACAAGAAUCUUUUAUCAGUUCAAUAUAAUCAUAUGAUUUAUUUCUGCACUGUGAUGAUUUCUCAUCAAACAAGCACAGCAGUUUAAGAUGAACACUUUUUGCUCAAUGAAAAGAUAAAACAAUUAUUUGUAUCUAGUAUACAAAUGUUUACUGUACUUCAAUAAAUGUAAACCAAUGUCAGGA